CCGCCUACUGCACGACCUGUGUGUGUGUGUGUGUGUGUGUGUGUGUGUGGUUUGCUUAAAACACUUUCCGAUUCGCUAACUCUCUGUAGGUGCCAUGGCAGGAGGAAAGGCUGGCAAAGACAGUGGCAAAGCCAAGGCUAAGGCAGUGUCCCGGUCUCAGAGGGCUGGUCUUCAGUUCCCUGUAGGUCGUAUCCACAGACACUUAAAAACACGGACUACUAGCCAUGGACGUGUUGGUGCCACAGCUGCGGUGUACAGCGCAGCCAUCCUGGAGUACCUCACUGCUGAGGUGUUGGAGUUGGCCGGUAAUGCCUCAAAGGACUUGAAGGUGAAACGCAUCACUCCCAGGCAUUUACAGCUGGCUAUUCGUGGUGAUGAAGAGUUGGAUUCGCUUAUCAAAGCCACAAUUGCUGGUGGAGGUGUGAUUCCUCACAUUCACAAGUCCCUGAUUGGAAAGAAGGGCCAACAGAAAACAGCAUAGAAAGCAGUUUUUUCAGUCAGUAUGGAGCGAGUAGUUGUUUGUUGUUUUAUCCUUUUGUUUAGUAUUUUGUAAGCAUAGAAUUAACAGAAAAAAAUAGACCAUAUUUUGAUGUACUGUUCUUGGAGUGGGAGGGGAAUAUUGGAAUAGUUAAUCCUUUUUGAAUGGGUUAACGAAAGGCACUUGAGGGCGUUCUCGGUGUAUAUCUGUAUGUGUCCUACAUCUGUUUUAUACAUAAAGACUUUUAUUAAAUAUUGUGUUUCUGUGGUUAUUUCAUAUGAGCACUGGCUUUAAUUGCCUUUAUAUUCAUACUAAGGAUAUCGGGGUUUAAAUAGGCAUAGCAAUUAAGAUUUUUACUCAUCCUAAUAUUCUACAGUGUUUGUGACAUCAGUCACUGAUAUACAGUUAUUACAGGAAACUGAGCAUGUACAGCUUGCAGAUGGAAGACGCGGCUUUGUUUUUGUUACUGUAGAAAUGAUAACAUUCAGAUUUGAGAAUACAACAGCACUUCGGUUUAAUGUCAGCACAUGUAUAUUGUGGGUGCUAG